UUUUUUCUUUUUUCAAAGAUUAAGAAAAGUUAGAAGUAACUACCAAAACCUGUCAGUUUUGUAAAUAUUGCGGGAGGGUUUUUGUAGUGUAAUUUCACAAGUUCACUCUAGUGCAUAACAUAACCCAAGACAAAACCUUUCAAUUUUCACAUUUAAAUUUGUUUACUCUAUAUGGUUGUGUGUAAAUAUAUGUAAAAGAGUGUUAGAGACACGAAAUAAGGAUAAGAAGAGGGGAAGUUGAAAAAUGGGUUCUUUGAGAAAUGAAACAGAAAGGGUCUUGCAUGAAGAAUUAGAAGAAGAAGAGGAACCAAUUUUGAAAGAACAACCCCAAAAGUAUUGCACCUUUCCAAUUAGAUACCCACAACUUUGGGAAAUGUACAAGAAAGCACAAGCUAGUUUCUGGACUGCUGAGGAAGUUGAUCUCUCUCAGGAUUUUCAGCAAUGGGAAGCCUUAUCUGAAUCCGAAAAGCACUUCAUAAGUCAUGUUCUGGCAUUUUUUGCCGCAUCAGAUGGGAUUGUGUUGGAAAAUUUGGCUGCUAGAUUUCUGAAUGAUGUGCAAAUUCAAGAGGCACGCGCAUUUUAUGGUUUUCAAAUUGCAAUGGAAAAUGUUCACUCGGAGAUGUACAGCUUGCUUUUGGAGACUUAUAUCAAGGACUCGAGGCAGAAAAAUAAGCUUUUUAAUGCAAUUGAAAGCAUUCCUUGUGUCUCACAAAAGGCCAAGUGGGCUUUGAAUUGGAUACAGAGUUCCAGCUCAUUUGCUGAGAGGCUAGUUGCUUUUGCAUGUGUUGAAGGAAUUUUCUUUUCAGGAAGCUUUUGUGCUAUCUUUUGGCUGAAAAAGAGGGGGUUGAUGCCGGGAUUGACUUUCUCAAAUGAGCUGAUUUCUAGGGAUGAGGGUCUCCACUGUGACUUUGCUUGCCUUCUGUAUAGUUUUAUGCGAAAGCAAUUGACUAGGCAAAAGGUUCAUCAAAUUGUGCAUGAAGCUGUUGAUAUUGAGACUGAAUUUGUCUGUGAUGCCCUUCCCUGUGCAUUGAUUGGCAUGAAUGCAGAACUAAUGAGUCGGUACAUAAAGUUUGUUGCUGAUCGCCUCCUGGUUGCCUUAGGGUACGACAAGAAGUAUAAUGUUGAAAACCCCUUUGAUUGGAUGGAAUUUAUUUCGCUUCAGGGCAAAGCCAACUUCUUUGAGAGAAGAGUUGGUGACUAUCAGAAGGCUUCUGUGAUGUCAAGCUUGCAAGACAAUGGCAAGAAUUUUGAGUUCAAAAUGGAUGAAGACUUCUAGAGUUUUUUCCUUUGCCUUUUUGGUCCCCUCAAUAAGAAAGUUACUUCCUCUAGCACUAGCAUCACCUUGAUGCUGAAAGAUGGCAUCUUUUUGUGGUAUGAUUCCUUGAGGAUCAAAUUAUUUAUAGUCAAUACCUUUUUUCAUCACAUUUAGUAAGGCAAUACGUGAAGAAAAAGCUGCGUAUUUGUCAAACAUGUUAGUUGGUAGUUAUGAGUGUGUGUUAGACUUUGAAAACUGUGUGCAACUCGUUGGCCAUUCACUUGUUGCCUAGUAGGGGUGAAGAUAUUGAAAAUCAUCUUUAGGUGGAUUGGCUCAAUCA